AUGGCGAGUCCACCAGAUCUCAAAGCACUUUAUGAAGGAAGUCAUUAUAUCCUCAUUUUACAGAUGAUGAAACUGAAGAACAGAGAUGGAUCUUCUUCUGGCUCCAAAAUGGCCCUCCAGGGUUCCUUCAACUGUUGGAAUGGAACAGUAAUCAAACUGGGGCAGGCAUGUGAUUUCAUCAGGGACUGCGCAGAGGGAGAGGACGAGGGAGAUAUGUGCAAAAAGCUCCCCCCUGGCUUUUACUGUUCGUUUGAAGAAGAGGACUGCGGCUGGACCCAGGGCUCUCCCGUCUCUCUCACUUCUCCAUGGCAGAUCGGAAACCUGGAAUACAGCCACUUCCCUUCACUGGAAGGCGCUGCACUCUUGCUGAACACCAGUAAGGUCCCAGUGGCAGAAACAACCAUCGUGACCAGCGCUGUGUUUCCAGCUCCAAUUAGGAAUUCUCCCUGUGAGCAUAUUGCACCAAAUACUUCUGCACAGCAAUCCUGCCUCAAACAUUUGGCAGCUACCCCAUGCCGAGAGAAGGAGAAGGACAUCAGGGAAAAAGGAUUGAGGAUUUGGAGGGAGGGAAAGAAGGAACUGAAUGAGAAGAAUUGGGGAUUUAGUUUAUUUAUGGAUAACUAA